UGUUUGGUGCCACAAUCUAAGCAUCAAAUAUUGAAAAAAAUAUUAUUUUUAUCAUCAUUUAUUUUGAAAAAGAUACUUCUAUUCAAAUUACAUAGCCUAUUUAUUUAAAGAAAUUUGAAAUUACGCCAUUUAUGAUCAAAUACUUGGAGUCUUGGACUUUAUUUCCCUUUAAAAAAAAUCUGCAAAUUCAAAAUAGUAGUCAAAUUCAGUAGAUCAGAGUUCUCUUUUCUGCCCAUUUUCUGCAACUUGGAGGAAUCCAUUUUCCAAUUUCUAGUGCGUGUUGUGUGUGUGAGAGAAAACGAGAUAAAGCCCCCUCAAAAACAUUUUGCUCUUGCACGCCAAAUCAGAUCAGGUGGAUUUUUUUCAACCAACACAUUCGCCUCCAUAAACACUCAGAUCUCUUUCCAAAAUCCGAUCUUUCCUCGUUUGAUUCGCGUAGGAUCGAGAUUCUCGCCUCCCCUUUUGCUCUCGCCGCGCAAUUCAACAGUACCUAUUACACGCACAUAAACGUGUGAGUGCGUGUAAUGCCCGUUUUACGUGGCGUGUAUGGGAAUAUAGGGUAAUGGGGUCGAAGAAAAGGUCGACUUCCAACAGUAGUCGUCGCAACGGCGGCGUGUCGCUCUCAGGACUUCGACUGCAGCACCAACAAGAACUAGAAAAAUUGACUCUAACCGCCCAGCCAUUCAAGACACUAAAGCUAUUCCUUUUUGCUGUUAUACUAUACCUCAGACGAUCGCUUACAUAUGUUUUGUCACAUGGCGGUUGGCUUAUGCUAGUUAGUGCCCUCGUUGGGGUUGCGGGGAUACUACUUGUUAUAAUAGAUGGUCCUCACGACAAGCAUGUUGAGGAAGUUUUACGUUAUAUGCGGUUUGGACUAUGGUGGGUGGCUCUCGGUGUAGCAUCUUCCAUUGGACUCGGUUCUGGACUGCACACCUUCGUCCUCUAUUUAGGACCCCAUAUUGCGUUCUUCACGUUAAAAGCAGUGCAAUGUGGUCGAGUCGACAUUAAAAGUGCCAUCUACGACACAAUACAACUAAAGAGAACUCCUUCAUGGCUUGGCAAAGAUUGUUCCGAAUUCGGGCCUCCUUUAUUUCCAUCCUCACACGGUGUGCGGAUUCCCAUCAGUAGCAUCUUGCCCCAGGUCCAGUUAGAAGCGAUACUGUGGGGUCUCGGGACUGCUCUCGGUGAGCUGCCCCCGUACUUCAUUUCAAGGGCAGCUAGCUUGUCGGGAAGUACGGUAUCUGCCAUGGAAGAACUGGAUGCUUCCUCGACCGGAGACAAAGGGUUCAUUUCUUCCCGACUGAACCGAAUGAAGCGCUGGUUCCUCUCACAUGCCCAAUAUAUGAACUUCUUCACCAUUUUGGUUCUUGCUUCGGUUCCCAAUCCUCUGUUUGAUCUCGCGGGCAUAAUGUGCGGACAGUUUGGAAUUCCUUUCUGGAAGUUCUUCAUGGCAACGAUGAUUGGCAAAGCGAUAAUCAAGACUCACAUACAGACAAUCUUCAUCAUCGCCGUCUGCAACAACCAGCUUCUUCACUGGGUAGAAAACGAACUACUUUGGGUGCUCAGCUUCGUCCCCGGCUUCGACUCCAUCCUAUCCAACCUCAUCCCCAAGCUUCAUUCGAUGAAGGACAAGUACUUGGCCGCCAAACCUCACGUUCAAGCAGAUAGCAAGGGAAAGAAAUGGGACUUCUCUCUUGCUUUUAUUUGGAACACUGUGGUUUGGUUCAUGCUGAUGAACUUCUUCGUCAAGAUUGUGAACGCAACCGCACAACGGUAUCUGAACAAGCAGCACGACGAGGAAAUUUCUGCACUGAAGAAUAAAUCGUCGAAGCAAUCUGAUGACUCUGACACUUCUUCAUCCAGAUGAACUUUCUUUGUUCGAUUCUUCACCCCCAUUACACAUUAUAUCUCUCGUCUCACUCGCAUUAUUUGUAUGAAUUAGGGUUAGGGGUCGGGGUUCCGGGUGAACGAAGACUGUACACAGUCGCUGCCAACGAGCAAACGCCGUAAGUUCCCUGUUUGAAACUGUUUAGGGAAAGAACAGAGGAACUGUGGGAAAUCUUGAACACAUUUUUAGUGAUUUUAUAUGAAAAAAAAGGAAAUUUGAACUAUCCUAGUAGUGGCUGUGCUAGUUCUUGUAUGAAUUUAUGUUUUCAUACAACAGAAUUUUAAGACAAAUGACACCAAGAUUUAUGACUUGUGCACCAAAAUGUGUCUGAGCCAAGUCAAUUGAUUGAGCAUUGUUGAAUCAUUUGUUGUAAUGAAUCAAUGCAAAUGUACAAUAUGGAAAUGGCGUGAUUUUUGUA